AUGUCUAAACUAUUCAUCGGUGGUUUGGCGUGGCACACGGAGGAAGGCACGUUGAGACAGAAGUUUGAGGAGUAUGGAGUCGUGGAAGAAGCUGUCGUCGUUAAGGACCGCGACACUGGCCGGAGUCGAGGCUUCGGUUUCGUCAGGUACACCAAUGAUGAGGACGCCCAGAAAGCCAUCUCUGCGAUGAACAACGUGGAGUUUGAUGGACGGACGAUCCGCGUUGACAAGGCCUCGGACACUGGUCCACGAAGCGGCGGUGGAAGAGGCGGUGGUGGUGGUGGCGGCUAUGGACGUGGCGGCGGAGGAGGAUAUGGGUCGCCGCAGGGCGGCAUGCAGGGCGGCAUGGGGUACGGUGCCGCGCCGCAGGGCUACGGUAUGGCCCCGAACAUGUACGCUCAGCCGCAGUACGGUGGCCGGGGGGGCUACCAGCAAGCCGCACCCGCCUACGGUGCGGCCCCUCAGCAAGGAUGGUCCCAACAGCCGGCCUCGUACGGCUAUGACCCAUCGCAGCAGGGCCAGGCACAGCACCCGCAGCAGCAGCAGCCGCCUCAGGACGGACGGGGAGGAUACUAA